CACACAAGCAUAUAUCUACGCCCAUCUCCUCUUCCUGUUUGCCCUUGAUCUCUCUUCUCCUUCUCUCUCUCUUUCUCGUAUUGUAUGCUGCUGCAUCUCUGAAGGAAGGAAUUGAUAUCAAUGAGGAAGCCUUGCUGUGAUAAAAAAGACACAACAAAGGGAGCUUGGUCUAAGCAAGAAGACCAGAGGCUCAUUGAUUACAUCAAGACUCAUGGUGAAGGCUGUUGGCGUUCUCUCCCCAAGGCUGCAGGGUUGCAUCGCUGUGGCAAAAGCUGCAGGCUGAGAUGGAUAAACUAUCUAAGACCAGACCUCAAACGCGGUAACUUCGGCCAAGAUGAAGAGGACCUCAUAAUCAAGCUCCAUGCCCUCCUCGGCAACAGGUGGUCAUUGAUAGCUGGAAGGUUGCCCGGGCGGACGGACAACGAGGUUAAGAACUACUGGAACUCUCAUAUGAGGAAGAAGCUGAUAAACAUGGGCAUUGAUCCAAAUAACCAUCGGGUGAACCAAAGUUUUCCUGCUCCUCUAAACCGGUGUGCUUCUGCUGCUACCAUGUCAUCCGGCUCCAUGACUGGCGCAUGCGAUAAUAAGUCACUGAAACCUUCUGCUGAUAACGAUCCCCUCUCCGAUUCUGCAAGUGGCCUUGAAGAUGAAAUAUCCGCCUCCCUUGACUUGAAUCUUGAUCUCACCAUUUCCAUUCCUGCUUCUUCAUUCACGGACGUCAUUGACAAGAAGCGGCAAGAUACUAAAUCAGUAUUCUCCAGGGAGGUGGAAGGUGACGCAAAUCCUACCCUUAUUUUAUUCAGAUGAGGCCGAUGGCCGGUGGACAUCAAUUGUUUCCGUCCUGCCCAAUAUCCAUGCAGCAAGGGGUGACAGAUCCAAACUUGUUUAGGAAGUGCCAAACGGAAGAAGAAUGUGCUUUUUGCCACAAUUGGAGAUGGACACGGACACUGGUGUAAAUUAACAAGUUCUGAUGAAUUCACAGAGGAGAAAUUGAACAACAGUGCUGCAGCCAAGCAAUUCAUUCAUGCUGAGUUACAGAUGGAGUCUCUUCAUUUUAUCGAUCAAUCAAGUUUCAUUCUUUAAUAUAAAAAAGGCUCCCAAGGGUGCAUGAAAAUGAAGGAGCGAGAGCAACCCAGACACCAUCGAUGUCUGAGAAGGACGUGGCUUUGUAUUUUCCUGGCUGAGACAGACGGGGGUCUGUGAUCCAUAUACCAUAUACCAUAUAUCUUAUAUGGUCGUAUGUAAAUAUCUACAGCCAGUAGAUGGACAUGGAGUUUUGAAACUGUUUCACCAUGGAUUCCUCUUUCAUGAUUAAUCCUUUACGGAAGUUCUCCAUUCUAACAACCAAAUAUAUGAAAGAGCUUAGAAAAUUACUCUUCUUGUUAA